CUUCCAGAGUGAUCAGCACUACACAUCUCAUCUCCAAGGAAAAAGUCACUCGCCUAGUCGCCUAGCUCACUGGGCUUAGCAGUUUAGCGAGUGACCGAAAUGGCAGCCAUGACAGCUACAAUGAUCCACGUCGAGUCCAUGCAGACCGCCGUGCCGACGCGGAUCACGGGGGCGGGGCGGACGCUGCCCGUCGCCGUGUCCGGAGGGGAGGCGCCGCCGCCGCUCACCGCCGCCUCGCUGCAGCGCCGCUUCCGCGCGGUGCUCUACUACCGCGGCAUCGAGCAGCUGCAGGCGGAGGAGGAGGAGGAGGAGCGCGCGGUGUGGGUGAAGGAGUCGCUCAGCGCGUCGCUCGCCGACCACCCGGAGAUGGCCGGGCGGCUGCGGCGCCGCGACGACGACGACGGCGGAGUGCGGGGCCCGUGGGAGGUGAGGCUGAACGACAACGGCGUGCGGCUCGUGCAGGCGUCCGUGGACAUGCCCAUGUCCGCGUUCCUGGAGGCCAAGGACCUGGCGCGCAGGGAGGCCGCGCUCACGCUCUGGACCGACGUGGACGUGCACGAGCCCGAGUUUUGUGCCCCCUUCUUCAUGCAACUGACUCGAUUCCAGGACGGAGGCUACGCCAUCGGCGCGAGCUGCAGCCUGCUGCUCGCCGACCCGCUGUCUCUCGUCGACUUCCUCAAGGCGUGGGCUCGCACGCACGCGGAGAUGCGAGCGCGGGGCAAGCCCGUCGCGCCACCGGCGGUGAUACAGUACGCGCGCUACCUCCAAAGCCCCGGCGCCGCCGCCGCCGCCGUCGUCAGGCGCCUCAAGUCCGUUCCCCUCGACUCCUGCUCCGCCGCCGCCGCCACGACCGUGCUCUUCAGGGCCGCCGCCGGUGCGCAGGUCGACCGCCACGCGCUCGCGGCGGCCUGCGUCGACCAGGCCGUCGAGACGCUGGGCGGCAACGCCAGGAAGCCGCCGCGGCUCACCGUCCUCGCGGCCGGUGGCUCGGGAGAGCUGCGCGUCGAGGCGUGUGGAUGCGGGGACGGGGAGGAGACGACGACGCCGCCGCCGCCGUCGCGGGGCCAUCACGCGCUCCGGGCCGCGUACUGGGGUGACCUCGGUCUCGGGGAGAUCGCGCUGGACGGGAGCGAGCCCGUGCACGUGUCGUGCACCGUCGUCUCGCCGUGCGCCGACGAGGGCCUCGUCGUCGUGAUGGCGCCGGCCGGCGGCGCCGAGCUCUUGAUCAGCGUGACUGUUCCGAACUACUAGGAAAGAACAAACAAACGUUCGUAAAUGACAUGGGAGAUAGAACAUGUCGACUGUCGUAGCAGUUUGCAGAUUUGGUUUGGAAAUGUUGCAUGCAAUGCAGUAGUUGAAUCGUCGUACGUGUUGUCGUCAUUUUUCUGAAAAAAAAAGGCAUUACCUUUUUAAUGUACCGCGAAGGUUUGAUGAUGAUCAGCGAAACAUUUGUUGUAGUAAUAGCAUGUGUAAAGGUUUGGUUUAUAUUCGCAUUUAAGAGGGACACGAUUUUUUGGUCGCAA